CUACGUCUGUGUUCGGAACGGCCGAACUGGCCCUGAUAGUCAAGGAGAUCGUGAUCUUGACGAAUUGGAUCUCAACGCUGGACUGGGUUGAUUUGAUGUACAUUACGCGCACGAAGAUCGACGUCCUUGUUUUGCUUUUUUGGAGAGAGAAGCGUUCCUCCUCGAACAAUGGUGUGUUUCCUUCUCUCCCCUUUCCUGAGGGGAGUGGACUGCUUUCUUGGUUGCUGCUUCCUACGUCCAAUCCAUUAGCAAAGAGUUACCGGGGGCGGACAUUCACUGGAGAUUGUAUGGCGAUCGUUGCCGAUCUCUUUGUUUACUACACUACAGUAUUGUUCAAUUCGAGGAGUUGUGGGGGUUGUGUUUUACCGGAUUUGUCAAGUACACGGGUUAAACCGCCAGGAAAGACGUCCCAACCGGCGUGUCUGACAUAAAAACGUAUUCUAGUCGCUCCCUUUGUUAAAUACCAAAGCUCAAUCGAACUUGAGAUGAGCAAAAUGUCCCUUUGGCGCAAUCUUUUCUUCGCGGGCCUUUUGGGCUCAGCCAUUGCUGCGACGCCCGCACAAUGGCGCUCACAGUCGAUCUAUUUUAUGCUCACUGAUCGUUUUGCAAGAACGGAUGGCUCAACGACGGCUGCGUGUAAUACCGCUGAUAGGGCAUAUUGCGGCGGUACCUGGCAGGGCAUCAUUGACAAGCUAGACUACAUCCAGGGAAUGGGCUUUACCGCCAUCUGGAUCACUCCUGUCACCGGUCAACUGACCGGAGAUACUGGGGACGGCACCGCAUAUCAUGGAUACUGGCAACAGGACAUUUAUUCUUUGAAUUCAAACUAUGGGACAGCUAGUGACCUCAAGUCUCUGGCAUCGGCUCUCCAUAAUCGUGGCAUGUACCUCAUGGUCGAUGUUGUUGCCAACCACAUGGGCUACAAGGGUGCUGGCACCAGUGUUGAUUACAGCGUCUUUGACCCCUUCAACUCGAAUGAUUAUUUUCAUUCCUACUGCGAGGUCACAGACUAUAGCAACCAGACUAAUGUGGAGGACUGCUGGCUGGGUGACACCACCGUGUCCCUGCCCGAUCUCAAUACCUAUUCGGAGAGUGUCCAGAAUAUAUGGUAUAACUGGGUUGGCUCCUUGGUUUCUAAUUAUUCGAUUGAUGGUCUGCGAAUUGAUACGGUCAAGCAUGUUCAAAAAGCCUUUUGGCCUGGUUACAACAAGGCUGCCGGUGUUUACUGUGUCGGCGAGGUCUUUGACGGCGACGCAACGUAUACUUGUCCUUAUCAGGAGGUCAUGGAUGGGGUGCUGAACUAUCCCAUGUAUUAUCCCCUACUUCGGGCUUUCCAGUCCACCAGCGGGAGCAUGAGGGACCUUUACAACAUGAUCAACACGGUGAAAUUUACCUGUUCCGAUUCCACCCUACUUGGAACUUUUGUGGAGAAUCACGAUAAUCCCCGUUUUGCGUCAUACACCAACGACAUGUCUCUGGCCAAGAACGCAGCGGCUUUCACUAUCAUGGCCGACGGCAUUCCUAUCAUUUAUGCCGGCCAGGAACAACACUACAGUGGCGGUAGCGAUCCAGCGAACCGCGAGGCUGUCUGGUUAUCUAGCUAUAGUACUGACAGCGAGUUGUAUAAGCUUAUCGCCAAAGCGAACGCCAUUCGGUCUCAUGCGAUUAACGAGAGUGAUAGCUAUAUCACGUACAAGAACUCCCCGAUCUACCAGGAUAGCAGCACCCUAGCCAUGCGCAAGGGAGAUAACGGCACACAGACUAUUACCAUUCUCUCAAACCUCGGUGCAAGUGGAAGUCAGUCCACGCUUUCCUUGGGAAACACGGGCUAUGAGCCAGGGACGGCGUUGACGGAGAUCGUUACCUGUGCGAGUAUCUCUGUUGACAGUAGUGGCAACGUGCCCGUGCCGAUGGCGAGUGGGGAGCCAAGGAUUGUGUAUCCCAGUUCGAAUAUUAAGGGGUCUACAAUUUGUUCCUAAGUGGAUCCUUUUGUAUUUAGUGUUGCCUGAACGUUGAAACUUCU